GUUCCUCAUAACUUUUUUUUAUAAGCUCUCAUUGUGGGAGAAAAUUAACCACUAUCUUUCAGUUGCUUGGAGAUGCUCAUGUUCUAUUCUGGUUGUUGUUUUAUGGCUGAGCCCUGGAACAGAUUAAUGUCUCUUUUUCUUUAUUUGAAUAACAAAAGACAGUCUGAAAUGCCUUAAACUACCCAUUGAUGUCUGAGGAAAAACAACAUGGAUCAGAGAAAAGCAGUUGAAAGAAAAAAAACAGCUCAAAGAGUGUUUUUCUGCUUUCCUAUCCUUUUAAUAAUCUCCCCCGUCAAUUUAACUUAUGACCUUGUAGCGGUCUCAAGCUUCAGGUUGGGGACAACUGGUCUGGUCCAAAGUUUGCCAAAAUUUAGAUGCAAAGAUUCAAAUCUCAUAUUUGUAUAGGAAAAUAUGAUUCUUAGCAUGAAAACUGAAUAGAUUUGUGAAAAUCGAUGGUAAAAGAACUGUAUUUCUAACUUGCUUUUCUCAUCAGCCACUUAAAGCGAUAUACAACAGAGGUCAGCACUUGCCCGUUCGCACCGGCUGCACAGGCUACAUUCAUAUGCACACUCACAAUUUGGGGUGUAGUGUUUUUCCUAAGGACACUUUGACAGCCACGAGAGCCCUUUGCUCUGAAGUCUAAUCUGAGGCUCUCCCAUCUGAGCUGUCCUACUGCAGCACUGCAUCGCUGUUGCACCUCCCCCCCGUCCGUGACAUCACACAGGACAUCUCAUCCAGGGGGCGUGUCCAGCAGAAAUCCCCAGUCAGCCAGUCACAGAUGUAGCUGCGGCUCUGAGAGAGGGAGAGGCUGGGAGGGAGGAAGAGUUUGAACACACUGCGGAGCGAGUGCAGCUAUGGGGAACACGCAGGAGAAACCCCCAGGCAGCGGAGGAGGGGGAGGCAGAUCGGCCACAGCGGGGAGCGGGACGAGAGGCCGGGGUGGAGGCGGCGUGGACAAGCUCCAGACUGACAGAGCUCCAGGGAAGGGGGUGGCCAAUGGCAGGGGAAACAUCCCUGCAGGUGGACAAGAGGAGCAAGGCAGCCCCGCAGUGGACACAAGUUACCUGGACGCCCCUGCUGGGGCCCUUCCUCCCCACCUGGCCCGGCUCAAGAAUGAAGGGAACCACCUCUUCAAGCAUGGCCAGUUUGGGGACGCCUUGGAGAAGUACACACAGGCCAUUGAUGGAUGUGCUGAAGCAGGCAUCGAUAGUCCAGAAGACGUGUGUAUUCUCUACUCCAACAGAGCGGCCUGUUACCUGAAGGAUGGGAACAGCUCGGACUGCAUACAGGACUGUACCAAGGCUUUGGAGCUGCAGCCGUACUCCUUGAAGCCCCUGCUGCGCAGAGCCAUGGCCUAUGAGUCACUGGAGCGUUACAGAAAGGCCUACGUGGAUUAUAAAACCGUCCUGCAGAUCGACACCGGGGUGCAGGCGGCUCACGACAGCGUCCACAGGAUCACCAAGAUGCUCAUCGAGCAGGACGGACCCGGCUGGAGAGACAAACUUCCGGAGAUCCCCGUCGUCCCUCUGUCUGUCCAGCAGGAACACAGAGACAAACCGGUCAGCGCUGAAGUGGCUCAGGCCAGAGCUGCCAGGGCUGAGCAGGAAGAAGCCAGAAAAAGGGAGGCCCGCUUCACGCUACUGAAACGGGAAGGCAAUGAUCUGGUUAAGAAGGGCAACUUCCAGGAGGCUCUGCAGAAGUACAGUGAAUGUCUCACCCUGAAACCCGACGAAUGUGCUCUCUACACAAACAGAGCCAUCUGCUUCCUGAAAAUGAAUCGCUUUGACGAGGCCAAACAGGACUGUGACUCCGCACUGCAGCUGGAGCCGGGCAGCAAGAAAGCUUUCUACAGACGAGCCCUGGCUCACAAGGGUUUACAGGACUACCUAUCGGCCAGCAGCGACCUUCAGGAAGUCCUCCAGCUAGACCCCAACGUUCAGGAGGCCGAGCAGGAGCUCGAGGUGGUGACGGGCCUGCUGAGAAAGAGCCUGAUGGACAGCACUGCACACACACCAAGGGUUUGAUGUUUGCUUGUGGAGCACUGCGGAGACAGAGGAAUGAAUCUGGUGGGGACACACGCUGCUCUGUUGCAGCGAUGGAGGACGAGGACUUUUUAAAGCCGUCGACUGUAGUAAGAAAGACUUGUACAAACGGACACGACUCCUGGGCCCGGGCCCCUCGGACGACCGGCUCUCUUUCAGCUCCGCACCAUCCGCAUCGUGUGCAAAUGGCACCAUAACUCCCUGACUCCCCUUCCAUAACGGGCAGCUUCAUUCAAAAAGGCUAAUGUCAAUGCACUCCUGACCUGCUUGCACUAUAAAUCAUUCACAUUACGAUGUAAUGUACUGUAUAUAGAGAGCGCUGUUGUAAAGGUGGAGGAACACAAGGGCGGUAAGAGUGUGUCAUGCGUGCCUUAUUGAGAUUUCUACCAGUUUGGAUGAAAUACGCCAAGAUUCAAAGCUUUAGUUUGACUUGUGUUUAAGAGGCUGUGUUUGGUUACAAAACAGUUCACUGAGCUCAUGACAAAACAACUGAGGCAGACAGAUGCAGCUCGACUGGACUGUAUGUAGAGGAAGGAAAUUAAAAAAAAAAAAAGGUCCAUAGGUUCAUCAUCCAUUUCAUCUUUUCCUGCAAGUUUCUCAUUGUUUACAUGUUUUAUCAUCACAGCUGCUUCCAUAAAUGAUAAGCCAACAACUUACAAUAUAAUAUUUCUGCAUCUACAGUGAGCUGUUGUGACUAAACAAAUAGUUUAGAUGGUAAAAUAGUGAUUUAACGGAGUUCUGUUCCUGAGCUCAGUGUUGUAGGUCAGCAAAUUGUCACGUACGCAUCCAGCUACUGGCGUUAGUGUUCCAGGUUGUGUCAUCACGUACUGUAAGACUUGUCGUAGGCCUCAGGUUCAGUCUUGAAUGUAACCAAGAUGACUGUGUGUGUGCCUUUUGUGUCUGAACAGGUGUAAAGUAUCUAAGUCUCUUAUCAAAAUAUUAUGAUUUCUUUUAUUUAUUCAUGCAUCCUUGAUGAGUUUUUUUUUUUCUACAACUGGGAGCCCUUCCAGUUGCAAGGAACAAGACAGGAAGACACUUAUUGGCUCUGUUCAUUAGGGAUGCCCUGAUUUGUCGCCCCGACAUCCAUACUGUCUGACAUUAACUUUGCUGGCAGCAAACAGGAUGAUGUUCACCGUUACCAGUUUAUCUGUUGUGUCACGUUCAUGAGCUACUGGCUCGCUUCUCAUCAUUGAGUGGGUAGUUUAAUAGUUGGCUACAAAUGCUUUUGAAGCAGUUAAUUUAAAUGUUUCAUGUGAGGCUUUAUGAAAGAGUUUCAUAAAUUUGUUUAAUCGUAUUUGUGCACUUUCAAAAAUAGUGUAACAAAGGACCAAAUGACAGUUUUUUUUUAUUUUAUUUCUUUGAUUGAUGAUUUUUCUGUUUUCCUGGUGAAAAAUUGAGAACAUUUAGAACAAAAAAACAACAUUGGCAUCGGUGUCAAAGUUGUAGUUUAAGCAUCGGUAUUGGCCUUCAAUGUCCAAAUCAGCGCAUCCCUACUACUCACAGAAUCCUUCACAGCCUCUGUUCAAAAAAUGUCAAAUAUACUUGGUGGUAAACGAGAAAAGCUGGGCUGAGGGUGAUGGACGAUGUGACCCAAAGCAGUCCAGCUACAUGUUGUGCUUCUCAACUUGUUGAAGGCCUUCGACGAAAAUGAUUCAGGAUGCAGCGGGCGGUGAUCUUCCGCUUUACAAAAACAUCCCCCGACUUUUAAGCGUCUCAUGAUUCAGUCUAAACUAAAAUAACUCUGACUAAACUUCAUAUACGUUGCUUUUCCCCAUUCAAUCUCACAGUAAAAGACAUCAUAAAAGGUUGAACAAACUCCCUCAACUCAUUUGACAGAAUAUUAGAAGUCAAGAUUUUCAGCUGAGGUCAACUAGCUUUUUUCCUCGUCUGUCUACUCAGCCUCAGACUUGUUAUGAUUAACCGCUACAUGAGAUUUUUAAGUGUAUAUCCAGAUCGUUGUCCCACAUCAACAGCUGUUUCCUCUUAAUUGGCCUAAUUAGAACACCCCUCAGGUCUGAGUGGAUGUGUACAGACAGCUACCUGACUCACCCGCCCCGUGUUGUUAUUAUUAUUUUUUUUCACUUUUGGCACUACGAGUUAACCAAAGUAAUUGAAAACACCUGUGUGGCUGUGCAGGGACUUUUAUUGAAUCGCUUUAAAAAUAAAAAAUAAAUCCCAUUUCAGCACUGUAACACACAAAAAUGUGAAUCUCUGUAUAGCACAAUGUGCCACAACUUUCGUUUCAUACUUUGGGGUAUUCAUGUGUUUACUUUCGUACUACUGUUCAAUCUUAUUUUACAUUUCAACCUUUAUUUCCCCUGCUUGUAUUGUUUAAAUAAAAGCGUACAAAAUCUCAAAUAAAUGAAAACACUCGAUACGAGGCUUCCAGUGUUGCUUCAUGGAAUGUAAUGAGCAUGUACUGUAUGUAAAUAGUUUGAAUGCUAAUGUAAAUAAUAAAGUGCUAUGUGGAUGCUUUAAUGAGCCUGUGUCUCCACGACUUUAUAUAUUCGAUUCUAAAGAUAGAGCUGCUUUUUAGUAAGAGGGAAUUAAUGAGAAACACUGCGGCAAAAUAGAUUUAAAUCAGUCGCUGCAUGUUCUAAUAAACUUUACAACUUUACCUGUUAAAGCUCAGUGAAGGUGUGAGUGACAGCACUGAAAGAAAACCACCACUUUCAUGUCAAAAUAUACAGACAACAAAGCUUUAUUGAGAUUUUUAUUGUUUAAGGAUAUGCAUUUACAUGCACAUUAUAAAGCAAAUAAUUAGGGAAUAUAUACUUUUUCAAAUCGCAUAAGCUUCUUUUGACCAAGUUAGAAAAUAGACCUGGCACUAGUCUUCAAAUAAGAAUAUAAAACUUACAGGAAUUUAACAGAAGGAACAUAAACAGGGUGGGAAUAUCCUGCAGCUCUUUAACUCUUUUUAGUCAACACCGCCAACUCUCUGCUCCCAGACGUAUCACGCUGAGCUCGUCUGGUAGACGUUCCAGCAGAGUAAUCUGUGGUCAGGCUGAAAAUUUACAACAGCUGCCGAACACGAACAUCUGACGCUCAAAAUGCUGAUAGGUUUGGAUGGACGGGGUUUUAUAGCCAAACAGAGCUGACCAACAACACGGGUGAGCUGACUUUGGCUACUGUCGGGGGAACAUUUUUAAAAUAUUCUUCCUAAAAAAAAAA